CGGGCCAGGCGGAGGGCCAUGCCGGGCGGUUGGAAGCCGCAGGGGCGCCCUAGUCUGACGGGAGGACGGUCUCCUCCGUGGCCAUGAAGAAGCUGUUCAGCUUCUGGAGAAGGAGCGAUGGGCCCCACAGCGCCUCCUCAGGGCAGCUCUUCCGGCCCUGGGUGGCUCCCCGGGUGCAGCCUGGCUACAGCCUUCGCGAUAGGGAUUUAAAGACUCUACAUAAAGCUGCUGCCCUCGGGGAUCUGGACAAGGUGAAGGAGUACCUGCUGCUCGGGAAGCAUGAUGUGAACGCUCCGGACAGAAAGUGCAGGACACCUUUGCACCUGGCCUGUGCUUUUGGAUGUUCAAAUGUUGUGUCUUUCUUAAUUGAGAAACAAUGCAAAAUAAACGUCUUCGAUAGUGAAAACAAAUCUCCAUUGAUUAAGGCCGUACAGUGUAAAAACGAGACUUGUGCUGCUAUGCUUCUAGACCAAGGUGCAGACCCAAAUAUAAUGGAUUUAGAUGGCAAUACUGCUCUUCAUUAUGCUGUCUAUGGCCAAAGUGUCGCAUUAGUAAAACAACUGCUUGAAUACAAAGUUAAUCUUGAAGCACAAAAUAAGGACGGAUGCACUCCACUUUUACUUGCUGUUACUGAAAACAAUGCAGAAAUAGUGAAAUUUCUUCUGAAGAGAGGAGCAGAUGCGAAUGCUUCAGAUCAGAAUCAAAGAACAGCCCUUAUGAUUGCUCUAAGUGAUGAACCAACAAAUUUGGUCAGUCUUCUUCUUCAGAAAGAAGUGGACCUAUCUUGCCAAGAUAUUUAUGGAUUCACAGCUGAGGAAUAUGCUUCUUUUAAUGGUUUUACUAUAUAUCAUCAUCUGAUUGCUAAUUAUGGAAAGAAGAAAGUUAAAAAGAUAUCUUAUAAAGGUACAACCUUGGACACUACAUUUGAUACAGAGCUGGAGGAAGAUGUGUAA